AUGGAAAGUAUCGGUGGGCAGAAGCGUGGACAAGAUGGAGAAGGCGAUGCAGCCCCUGCCAAAACGCCAAAACAGAGCAAGACCAACCCCCCACAGACCCUCAGUUUGGACGUCUUGAAGAAGGAGUGGACUCCGGGGCGCACCGAUCGAAUGGACAAUGGAAUCCUGAAAUUGAACAAAAAUACCAAUGGGUUGUGUGGGGGCGACUGGAUCAGCGCCAGUGACGGCACCGGCGCGACACUGAGUUGUGUCGUUUUCAAUGACGGCAAAUACUAUGGGCUUACGGCUGGGCACAUCUUCGAUGAGGCGCCUAAUAGUGACGUUUACACCUUUGUGAAAAAAGAGGAUGUGAAUGCCCCGGACGGAAAAGAAGAGGACGAAUUCAACGCGUGCAAGAUUGGAAAAAUUGUCUCUCGAUCGGUUUCCACGGAUUCAGUCGUCUUUGAAUUUGAUGACAACAUCGAAGUGAAACCUCCAAGACAGUAA